AUGACGACAGCUCAAACACCUUCCGGAGGAGACAGCAGUUCACCAAAGGAGUCCGAGGCCUAUAAAGAUUUCCAUAGACGACUCCACCCACACAAUUGUAUAAGCUUUUCCAAUAGCUCCUUUUACAGCAAAAUUCAGACGAUUUAUGAAGCCAUGGAUGAUGAAAAUAAAUUCUUUUUGUCGUGCAUCGCUAUGCUCUCUGAAAAUGAAGUGGUGAAGAGGAGGCUUUUGACAAAUUGGUGGGUCGGAGAGGAGAAAUUAUUGAAAAAAACUGCAAGUACUGAGGAAAAAACACCAGAGGAAAAAGAAACAGAUGAAAAAACGCCAGAGGAACUUGUUGAUGAAAUUCUUGACAAGUUCAGGGAAAAGGGCUUAAUCGAGCCUGCAGAAAAGCUGGGAAAAGGGAGAGUUAAAAACUAUAGAAUGCAUCCCCUUGUGCGGUCUGCUGUGAUUGCACUUUCAGGGAACAAGUUCUUUGUUUUUAAUAACGACGGAAUUCUGACUGCAAAUAUCUCGGAAUCAAACAGGGCUUGCAUUAUUAAGUAUCAACCAGAGAACCGACCUGAAAAUUGGAAGAUGGAAAAUAUUGAUACGAUAUUCAAUGUUAGUGAGCCUUUUCCAGAUCUCAAUUUGCAGCAGUUGACAAAGAAGAAAGAUUCAAUUCUGGGGGGGGAAUGGUUAUCGAGGAUGAAAAAUGUCAAAGUUCUUUAUCUGGGUAGAUGGUUGAGAUCCCCUGCCUAUCACAUUGAAGUGGAGAGCGAUGAUUUCUUGAGUGGGUUGAAGAGUAUGAAAGGCUUAAGGCUGCUUAGCCUUCAAGGGAUCUCCAAUAUUAGCAAGAUUCCAAAUGCCAUUGGCCGCCUCAAAAAUUUGAUAAUCAUGGAUGUCAAGGAAUGUCAUAAUCUGGAGGCACUUCCAAAUGAUGUUUCCCUUCUCCAUAACCUCACAUACUUGGAUGUUUCUAAUUGUCAUAUUCUGGAUCGCAUGCCGAAGGGGAUAUCAUCUCUCUCAAAACUCCAAGUCUUUAAGGGGUUUGUCAUUGCUGCUGAACCAAGCAGCGAUUCAGGAGGUGCCCUUGCAGAAUUGGCAGGAUUGAAAGAGCUGUGGAAACUAUCUAUCAUUGCAAACAGCAACCACUUCCCAACGGUAACAGACUUGGAUACUCUCCAUGGACUACCAAAGCUUCGAAAUCUGGCAAUAGCAUGGGAGUCAAAGCAAGGCAGUCAUGGAACAAAAGGAUUGACAAGUGUAGAUCAAACCUCGCAGGCUCUGCUCCCACCUAAAGAUUUGGAGAAAUUGGGUCUUCAGGGUUUCCCUAAGCCAAAGAUGCCAUAUUGGCUAGUAGGAGCUAGUAAAUCUCUAUGCCCAGAGAAACUCUACAUCAAAGGAGGAAUGCUCAAAACCCUAGGUAAUGAACCCCAAGAGUCGGUUAAGACUCUAUGCUUGAAGUUCUUGAGUGACUUGAAGACAGAUUGGAAGGAAUUGCAGGAUAAGUUUCCGUCCAUGGUUUACUUGGAGAAAGUGAAAUGCCCUAGGGUCACCUUGUGCCCUUGUGACGAGGAUGGAGUGUGGGUAAAGCCUCCAACAAAUUAA